CCCACACCCACCACAAGACAAACCACAAUCUCACCCACCGACAAUAAGACUACUACACCAACCCCCCACACAGCCAAACCCUUCAUCGGAGUGACCAUACCCACGACAAGCACAACCACAACCAAGACUACUCAGCCAGCAGACCCAGUGGACACAACGACCACAACCACUCCCACACCAGAAACAGAAGACGCCACCACAACAUCCGCCCCAACCCCAGUCGUCGUACUAGUUACACCCGAAGGAUCAACGACUGUCAUCGGAAUCUCCUCCUUCAUACCUUCUAACCCAGAUACCACAUCCACAUCAUCCCUCACAACAAUCAACCCAACCACAACAAAAGAACCCCCAACGACCCUCCACUCCACAUCCACAACCAUGCAAACCAUCUACGUUGUCAUCACAGAUACACCCACCCCGGAACAAACCUAUGAUUCAACCACCAUUGCGACUGCUAUCGUUACUGUCGUUGAUAAACCGACCCCAACCUUGGAAACUGUCCCUACCACCACCACAUCAUCAACAACAUCUGAGGAAGGGAAAGUGUCGACGACGACUCCGACUCCGACUCCGUUAGAUGCAGAACAAACGCCAACGAGAUCUAGCGAAGAGGAUGAUGUGUCCACGUCCACGUUCAUACCUACGAUAACAUCAACAUCUUCUCUUUCUAGUGAGACAGGUGAUGUUCUUAUGAUUGUGCCUGUGACGCUUACGGGUCCUGUUACUGUGACUGUUACGGUGACGGAGAAGGAGAAAGAGACGGUGACAAAGACGGAGACUGUUACGGAGAGGGUUACGGAGACGGAGAGUGUGGCUACUUGAUUUGGUUGUUAUGUUAUGUUAUAUGAUAUGUAUUAGUUAGGAGGGAUGGUGGAUAUAAG